AUCAUAAUCAGCAAAUCAUAGAAGAAUUUUCAAAUGGCUGUGAAAGGCUGCAUAUGGCUGUUUGAACAAGAGCAGGCAUUAGGCUUCAGCAGUGUCUCAACAAACAUUCGGAUGACAGUUAUCAAACUAAAAUCGGGAGGAUUAUGGGUCCAUGCUCCCAUUGCUCCUACAAAAGAGUGCAUCCAGCUUUUGAAGGAACUGGGGGCCCCAGUAGAAUACAUUGUCCUGCCCACAUUUGCUUAUGAGCAUAAAAUUUUUGUUGGUCCAUUUUCUAGGAAGUUUCCUCAGGCUCAGGUGUGGGUGGCACCAAGGCAGUGGAGUUGGCCCUUGAAUUUGCCGCUUGAGUUUUUUGGAAUUUUUCGUUCUAAAACCUUGAAAGAUGGAGACUUAUCAACCCCAUGGGCUGAUGAGAUUGAACAAAAAGUUUUAAGCUCGCCAGAAGUUGGAAUUGGACCAUAUGUUGAGGUUGCUUUCUAUCACAAGCGUUCAAGAACCCUUCUGGUUACAGAUGCUGUGAUUUUUGUCCCAAGAAAACCACCAGAAUGUAUUAGCAAAGAGUCCCUUUUGGCAUCAGCAAAAAAUGGGUUGGCAGUGAAAAUCCUUAGUAAAGGAAAAGAAGUCCCAGACGAACCAGUUGUUGACAACAACAUGAACCGUCAAAAAGGUUAGUUCUCCAAUCAAUUCCAUUCCAGGGCUGAUAAUUUUUUGUUUGAAAGAAUUAAGAACUGGUGCUGUACAAGUAAUUCUCGGUGCAGGGUGGGAGAGAAUGGUUCUACAGAUACUGUUCCUUGGUCCAUCAAAUCUGUUGGAACCUAAUGCUAGUUUUGCUCAGAUGUCCCAAAAGCUGAUUGUUUCUCCUAUUGUAAAAACAUUGGUCUUCAGCAAAGUUCCUGAGAAGGUGAAAAAUAUUUGGUCGUAACUUUUCUUAUGUGGCUCUUUUACUUUUGUGGCAGCUCAAUAAAGUGGUUCAUUGAUUGAUUGAAUCUGAAAACAACUGAAUGCCUUUGUCUGCUUGAUGUCAUUUAAUUCUGGCAGUAACUGCAAGACUGAUUCAAAGAGGCAUGUGUAAUGGAGAUUUGCUGUGUACACAGUUACAAGAAACUGUCUGAUUUGGAUGAAAGUCUAACCGUGCAUCUUCUGUUCUUCUCAAAAUAACAGGUUCGGGAUUGGAUUGGUGACAUUGCAAGAGACUGGAAAUUCAGGAGGAUAAUCCCAGCUCAUUUUGCAGCUCCAAUCAACGCGGGAAGAUCAGAAUUUUUAGCUGCAUUUGCAUUUCUUGAUGACCACUUGGGUGAGCGUUAUGUUACCCGGCCUUCACUCUCCCUUCUCUUCACAUCACUCAUGGGAAAGGCAGCCAGCUACUUCCCACCUGAUGACAUGAGGACCUUAUCAUCCCUUGAUGAAUUCCUAGUCUCGGUUGGAGUUGUGAAGAAAACAGUCUCUGGCCGGAAACGAUAAAUAUUGCUCAUGGAUUUUACUUUCACUACUCACUUAGGAUACAGCAGAGCGUUCAACCUUAUGAUCUAUUUAUCUUUUCAAAGGGAAAUAUAUGGCUUGGAUAAUCCCUUCUCUUUCUAUAAUAGAAAAGUCUUUUACAGUCGGGGCUGUGAAAUGAAAUGUGAAAAAAUAUACAUUUAAAGUAAGU